CGCGUAGUUGUCAUCCGAAUCCGAAGUGGGAAGGCACACGCUUGUUUACGCAACGCAAGCGAUUGUUAGUUGUAUUCGAUGGACUACGAUUUCAGAAGCAGGUCGGGCCCACAACCUCCGAUGUACCGUCCGCCACCGCCACCGUCACCGAUGUACCGUCCAUCACCGUAUCAACAGAAUCCUACUCCUUCUUCAGGACUUGGCGUUAGGGUUGGUAUAAAGCCGGAAUAUAGGAUCACACCGCCGCCUCAUUUAUCAUCACUUGCUGGGGAUAAUCCACGGAGCAACUUCCAAUUUGAUUUUGGAUUGGAGAGAAAAAUUUUAGCUGAAGCAGAGAAGGAUAACCCAAAUUGGAGCAAAUUUGGAUCAGAAAAUAUUCCAACUAAAGUUUCUGAUUCAUCAACAGCAAAGGUUACUGCUUUGGAUCCCAUUGUGAGCAAAUUUAUGGCCAUGGGGCUUAGCCGAGAGGCUGUUCUCAUUGCCGUUGAAAAUUAUGGUGAUAAUCCAACCAAAGUUCAUGAAUUUGUCAAUGGCUACACCCUUUUGCGUGAAAUGGGAUUUUCAUCAAAUAGCGUUGCUGAAGCCCUGGCUAUGAAUGACAAUCAUACGGACAAGGCACUAGCACAUUUGCUUAAUGGCUCGUCGUGAGACUCCUGAAGCAAUAUGUUGGGUGUAUCGUUUAUUGAUUAAGGAAUGUGUUAGUUCCUUUUGUAUAAAUGAUAAAUAAUGGUCAAAUAUAGGUUGGAACAUGGGCAAUAUGUUGUUGUCUUUUGUUUUACAUACAUAUAUGUUGAAGAGUCGUGGAAUUGGUUUGAAUGGAUUGGUAGUUCUUUAGAGAUAACAAAUAGAAUGUAUGAUUCCCCCUAUGUUAUGUUUGCUUUUGGCCAAGACCUUAACUUCCUAGCUAUUCCGUUGGCUACUAUAGAGCAAUGGAAAUGCGUUUUAUUGCUAAACCAAAGUGGAAGAAGAAUAGCUUGGGAAGGGCUAUGGUGGUUUUUUAUUUUUGUAUCAA